AUGUCCUCGUCGAAGCGGCGACCUCACAAUGUCAAUGUCGAGACCGCACAAACUCAGCGUCUCCCGGCGUGGGACGAGCAUGAGGACGUCAUGGCUGCAACAGGCAUCGAAAUCAUCCUCAAUCCAUCCACGCAGCACACAACCACGAGCCGUGCCACAACGAGAAGGGAACUAGUUGCUCAGCACUCCGCGAGAAUGCGCAACCUAUGCGCCAUGUUGCUACUGGUCCUCCUCACCUUCUCUAUAGUGGAUGCUUCACUCGACACUGCAGCCGACCAGGCCCUCUCAAUUCCGGCUUCGCAACCAAUCUUCGCACUCGACUUCACUCCCAACGGCGUCAUCUGCUCUGUGUCUCUUCCCGAUGGCUCAGUCGUGGGACUCGUGAACGAAAGAGGCAGCUUUGCCUACAGACAAACCAUGCGCAAGAUGUUCGACUGGGCAGAAGACGUCGCUCUCAAAGGAAGAUUCCCGAACUGGAUGGACAGAACCGAGAAUCCCGUCACGUACGGAGACUUACAAUCCGUCCUCGACCUCAAACCUUUGGUGGAUACGGUGUUCAAGGCCAAGAACCAUGCCCUGCAACGACUCAAGUCUCAACACAUCGUCACCACCCUGGACGUGCGUCCAAACGUGGUCAUCUCCGACGUACGCUUCCUCAUGACAAGUUCACCAUUCCCCUACUACCUCGGUUCCAACUUGGGAGUCAGUCUCUCACGCUUCGCCUCGGAAAAAGAGGGACUCCUGUUCGGCCACAUCUUCGACUCUCUUCAACAAGUCGCCUCUUCCGCAGGCUUCCACCCGAUUGGACCUUUCAACGGCCCGGGCGGCGACCAGUCGGGCCAUCAAUGCGCUUGGAACAGAUCUGCUGCGCGCAACGACAUAUGCGCGGGGAUGCGCCUCAGCACGCCGAGGAUGUGGUCUCGAUGGUACACAGAAUGCGAGAAUCCAGAACAAUUGGUGCUGGUGGUGCACACGAGCGAUGUCGGACUGUUGUUCUGGGCUCAGGAAAGCAGGGGGUGUCAGGCUGUCAUCACGCAGUGGAGCUUCCACGAGGGCUUGAAGGUGGUGUAUUUGGGUCAUGUGGGAGAGUUGAGUGAAGAGUGGACUGCGGCGGUUCGUUGGAACAUUGAGCGCGCAGCGGAGCGCUUGUGGUUUGCGCCGGCGCAAGUGUCCGUCGUUGUCGCAAGCGGCGAGUGGACGGAUGCAGCUAGAGUGGCGUUUCGCAGCGUUGUCGAGGGACUCGGGAUGAAUACCGCGAUGUUGGAGGGCGCUACGAAAGAGUCGGAGGUGUUCGGGGUGAGCAUGGCGGCCGCAGCAAUGCGCUUGCAAUCGUAG